AUGUCCCUCCGUCUUCUUGUAUGUAUACCCAGUCGUUUUGGUUGUUUGUCAUGUCAGCACGAUUCUACCUGCUCUUGUGAUGCAGCCAAGAAAACCCAUCAUGUGAUCAACUACCAGCGCACACAGACAGAGAUCCUGCAAGCUCUGAGACCAAAGUCAAACUUUCUCCUGUCGAAUGUCGUAGACAAACACAGGUUGUCUCCCCUACAGCAGGGAACUGAGGCAGUCGCUGUAGAGACAGAAACCACAGCUCCAAGAGAUUACAGGUUUGUGAUGCCAGAGUUUUUGCCCAAUGCAGACUACAGAUAUCGAGAUCGUGUUUUGGAGAAGCUAGAGCGCCAGGAUAUGCUCAGGCGGAGGGCAGUAAUUGACAUCCCUGAGUUCUAUGUUGGCAGCAUUAUGGCUGUUUGUGUGUCUGACCCACACGCUCCAGGCAAACGGAACCGCUUUGUGGGCAUCUGUAUAGACCGCAGCGGACAAGGGCUCCGUGCUCACUUUGUCUUACGCAAUGUUGUGGAUGGUCUGGGUGUGGAGGUCAUGUAUAAGAUGUACAACCCCACUGUCUUGUCCGUGGAAGUCCUCAAGUUGGAGAAGCGCCUCGAUGAUCAGCUUUACUAUCUCCGAAAUUGCCCCUUGGAGUACAGCACAUUUGAUUUCAACAUGGAUCCUGUCAUCUUACCCCGCGGAUCUCAAGUCCCUGUUAACCCCAUCAAGGUGAAGCUGAACCCCAAGCCCUGGGAGUAUCGCUGGGAGCGGUUCAAUUUGAAGGGAAUUGAACCCAUCAGCCUUACACCAAAGAUGAUUAAAGGAAUUGAAAAGAGUGCUGAACCCUGGAGGCAGAAUGAUCUGAUGAUGAUGUACCGCAGUCAAGUCCAUGAGGAGGAAGAGACGGAGAUCAUGGCUGAAGUCUACAAGGAAAAGCACAGGAUAGACUCACAGAAGAAGACCAGCAGAGCUGCACAGAGAAAGAAUAAAUAG